CAGAAAGAGACAGAAAAGGGCAGACGGCGGGAGAGACAGAGUCUGCCGUGUGGGAGGAAAGUCUAUUUCCCACUUCAAAUGGCCAUUUCAUGCGCUGUGGGGAUGGAAAUGCAGGAACCAAAGAUGAACGGAACCCUCUCUACGGGUGCUGCUGCGGGCUACAGACAGGAACGCGAAGGCUUCCUGCCCACCACCCAUGGCCCUGCUCCAGGGAGGAAACCUGUCCAAUUCUUGGAUUUCUAGCCUCUUGUCCUGUUUUCCCCCUCCCUCUCUGUGUUCGCUGGAUCUUGCCCCUUGCCAACAGUUCGAGGGGAAGACAUCAUUCGGAAUGUCAGUGUUCAACCUUAGCAAUGCCAUCAUGGGGAGUGGCAUCCUGGGGCUCGCCUACGCCAUGGCCCACACUGGAGUCAUCUUCUUCUUGGCCCUCUUGCUGUGCAUUGCCCUCCUGUCUUCUUACUCUAUCCACCUCCUGCUGACCUGCGCCAGUGUUGUAGGAAUCCGCGCCUAUGAGCAGCUGGGACAGAGGGCAUUUGGACCUGCCGGGAAAGUAGUGGUGGCCAUUAUCAUCUGUCUGCACAAUGUUGGCGCUAUGUCCAGUUACCUGUUCAUCAUCAAAUCUGAACUGCCCCUGGUUAUUGGCACCUUCCUGCACAUGGACCCUGAGGGGGACUGGUUCUUGAAGGGAAACCUCCUCAUCAUCCUGGUUAGCUUGUUAAUCAUCUUGCCUCUGGCUCUCAUGAAACAUCUGGGCUACUUGGGGUAUACAAGCAGCCUCUCUCUGACCUGCAUGCUGUUUUUCCUUAUUUCAGUCAUCUAUAAGAAGUUCCAGCUUGGCUGUGUUGUGAGCCACAAUGACACAGUAGUGGAGAGUGAACCAGCUCCCUUGCAGGCGUUUAAUAGCAGCUGUGAGGCCAAGCUCUUCACAGUUGACUCACAGAUGUCUUACACAGUGCCUAUUAUGGCUUUUGCCUUUGUCUGCCACCCUGAGGUGCUGCCCAUUUACACGGAACUUUGCUGCCCUACUCAGCGCAGGAUGCAAGCUGUGGCCAACAUGUCCAUCGGGGCUAUGUUCAUCAUGUACGGACUCACAGCUACCUUUGGAUACCUUACCUUCUACAGCACUGUGAAGGCAGAGAUGCUGGAGAUGUACACCCAGGAGGACCUGCUUAUUCUUUGUGUGCGCCUGGCCGUACUGCUUGCAGUAACCCUCACUGUGCCUGUUGUCCUUUUCCCUAUCCGCCGAGCCCUCCAGCAGCUGCUCUUCCCAAGUAAGGCCUUCAGCUGGCCACGACAUGUGGCCAUUGCCCUGAUCCUGCUUAUUUUGGUCAAUAUCCUUGUCAUUUGUGUGCCAACCAUCCGGGAUAUCUUUGGGUUUAUUGGCUCCACUUCAGCCCCUAGCCUCAUCUUCAUCCUUCCCAGUGUCUUCUACCUCCGCAUUGUACCUGCUGACAUGGAACCCUUGUUUUCCUGGCCCAAGAUCCAGGCCCUGUGUUUUGGCGUCCUGGGAGUCCUCUUCAUGGCCAUCAGUCUGGGCUUUAUGUUUGCUAAUUGGGCUACAGGCCAGAGCCGUAUGUCUGGCCAUUGAGCUGGCCUGUCCUGCCUCACUCAGUCCCUGUGCUCACAUGUGUGUAUAUUAGGGAAUCCAAGUCACUUUCCUGAGUCCCUUCUGCCUGGGACAUGGAGGUGGCUGGUCUCUAGUAACACUGCUGUGGGAAAUGGGGACAGUCGAGGAGGCAUAGUAAGUAGUCCAUUUCCUUUUCCCCAGAGCUGCCUCACUGCCGACCCCAUGAGAGGAGGAAGGGAGGCCAGCUCCUUAGAAGGGUUCUUACCCAACAUAGUUCUCACUUCCUAGAUGAAGCUGUUAGGCUUACCCUGGCGCUAAAAGGGAAGAAUAAAGAUGCUGAAUGGCAA